AACUUCUUUGUUGGAGAAUCGUCUUCAGAGUCAGGAAAGGAUAAGGAGAGACUGAUUCAAGCUGCCAAAAGAGUUGCCAUGGCCAUGUGCUCUAUGGCUGAGAAGAGUACCAAUGUAAAGGAGUUGCAUCAGUCAGCUAAAGAGGCGUUCAAAAGUGCCCGCACACCAGUCAUCAUCUCUGUGCUAAAUAGCAGUAACGUCCUUGGGAGUUUGGAAUCUUCUCUUUCGUGCUUGAUGAAAUUUCUCAUGAAUCUUCAAUUAAGUGACUUCUAUACAGAAGACACCAAAGAGCAAUCAGAUGUCAGCACAUCUGAGAGAAGCAGGAGUCCAGGUCCUUCCAAAACUACUGGGAUAGACACCUUGAAAAAACUGCAGGAUGCACUAAAAACUGAGGAUUCCAAAAUUCCCGUAGAGUCAACAGCAGAUGUGUUGGACAAGGCUAUGGGACCAAUCUUAGAGAUCCUCCAAAAAGCCAUAAAGACUGUGGAAAUGAAUAUUUCUGCAUUUAAGAAAGCCAGUGACAAGUAGGAAUGCAACAGAGAUUUUCAUUUCUGUCAGAAAACUAAUUCAAAUACUAGGGUUUUUCACAGUGGUUUCUAAGAUCUUCUGGUGCCAAACAUAUGGUAUGUUAGAACAUAAGUAAAGAGAAGUCAUCUGGCAAAACAUUUACCUGUAGUUUUGCCUUAUGGAAAUAAACAGAAAUCAUUAAGAAA